AUGGCGGAUUCUAGCAGGUCAGGGUCCGUGUCGGUGGACGUCGAGCGGAUCUCCUUCGGCGGCAAGGAGCAUCUUGUGAGGACGAGAUGUGGUUCUGUAACCGUUGCCGUGUAUGGAGACGAGGACAAGCCUGCGCUAAUAACAUACCCAGAUGUAGCUCUGAAUUACAUGUCCUGUUUCCAAGGAUUGUUCUUCUGCCCGGAAGCUGCGUCUUUGCUGCUCCACAAUUUCUGCAUCUACCACAUCAAUCCUCAGGGGCACGAGUUGGGAGCAGCUCCGAUAUCAUCAGAUGUGCCGGUGCCAACUGUUGAUGAUCUCGCUGAUCAAGUCGCAGAUGUGCUUGAUUUCUUCAGUUUAGGAUCUGUGAUGUGCCUUGGUGUCACGGCUGGUGCAUAUGUUCUCACUCUCUUUGCGACGAAAUAUCGGGAGAGGGUAAUAGGACUGAUGCUGGUUUCCCCUCUGUGCAAAGCCCCAUCAUGGAGCGAGUGGCUGUAUAACAAAGUAUUGUUAAAUUUGCUUUAUUAUUACGGGACUCAAGGCCUGGUCAAGGAGUGCUUGCUUCAACGGUACUUUAGCAAGAAACUGCGUGGGGAUGCACAGUAUCCUGAAUCCGACAUAGUGCAAGCCUGUAAAAGUUUACUUGAUGAGAAGCAGAGUGAAAAUAUUUGGCGGUUUCUUCAAUCAAUAAAUGAAAGGCAUGACUUAACAAAUUCAUUAAGGAAGCUGAAAUGCCGCACGCUAAUUUUUGUCGGUGAGAACUCAGAGUUCCAUGAGGAUGCUAUCCAUAUGAACACAAAACUGGACCGCAGAUACUGCGCACUAAUUGAGGUGAAGGAUUGUGGCUCCCUUGUGACCGAGGAGCAGCCUUAUGCGAUGCUGAUGCCAAUGGAGUACUUCCUUAUGGGAUAUGGACUUUAUAGACCGUAUCAGCUAAGCAGCAGCCCUCGCAGUCCACUAAGUCCAUGCUGUAUAUCGCCUGAGCUGCUAUCUCCUGAGAGUAUGGGUGUGAAGCUGAAGCCGAUAAAGACUCGGGUCGCUAUCAAUUUCUAA